CUGAGUGACGUCAUUUCACGUCACGUAAAAUUUCAGCCAGUGCCAUACGAGAGCGGACUGGCCGGCGAGGGACUAUCGCCCGGCAAAUCGCUACUGAUAUUCGCCACCCCCGAAAAGAAAGGCAAACGUUUCCACAUCAAUCUGCUCAAGAAGAACGGCGAUAUUGCGCUGCAUUUCAAUCCGCGAUUCGACGAAAAGGCAAUCGUUCGCAACUCGUUGAUCAGUGGCGAAUGGGGUAACGAAGAGCGUGAGGGUAAGAACCCACUCGAGAAGGGCAUUGGUGCCGAUCUGGAAUUCCGAAACGAGGAGUACGCAUUCCAGGUGAGUCAUUAA